ACGAAAGCCUACUGAGCCACCCUCGGCGCCCGUCGCGAAGAGGGGUCGACAAUAACAAGUAACCAAACGGAAACUUCUUGGAGAUCAGGAAGCCAUUCCAAGCCGCAAUACGUCAACAGUCUACUGCGGUCUAGACAGCCAAGGUCUUUGUUGUUGUCUCUGCCCUCUUGGGGUGGGGGAGACGGUGAGAUUGUACUGGUGGUAAGAUUGCGUGCAUGUGCCACCAACCCAAGGUCCUCCAAAGUCCAAGUCCCAAGUCCAAGUCCUUCAAGGAAUUGGGGCCACCCCGUUACAGCAAUCCCCUUUCCCCUUGUCUCGUAAAACUCAUCUACCUACUACCUAUUCUCUGUAUCAUGCAUGUAUGGAUGAUGAGACUAUUACUUUCCUGUUUUUUUCCUCUUUCUACCGUCUCCGUCCUUCUUAGGUUUGCCUGGUUUUGCCUGGUCCUGCAUCCUCCUCGCAGCAUCCAUCCCGCCAGAGCCGGCCCAACCUUGCACGCUUGUUGGCCAGCAUCAUGGACAGCAAAUCAUGGUUUAUUCCCGACUACGCGAAGCCCCAUUUGGGAUGUCCAGGACAUAAAUCUGUGUCCAAAUAGCGUAGCGAUCGGUCGCCGGGGUACUGUAUUCGGUCAUUUUUGCAAUCCCCAUGGUGAUGUCGCUGGCCUUUUUUUUUUUUUUUGCAUCACCCCGAUGCUCUCGAUGAUGAUGACGAUCACCGCGAAAGUGGGCUCGAUGUGCAUGGUGAUUCGACUUGGUGCUCGGCCAAAUUUCCCCUCCAUUCAAGAGUGCCCGCUCAUCGCACACACGUACACAGUGUUGAAAGAAGCUUUUCCGGCCUGCACAUCCCAGAAGCGUGUGCGCGGUCGUGCAUGGCACAAGGCUCAUGUAGGCUUCGCAAGUGCGUCAUGAGUCCGGAGAUGCAAAAACUCGAUUUUGGCAUGGAGGCAUCUUGAUUGAAUGUGAGGCGAACAAUGUGCGACAACUAGCAUUUUUUGCUUCUCUGUGUGGGUAUUGUCACUACUGGGUCUAAGUGGGCGGCUCCAGGGCUACAAGCAUGCAAUAAUGUAAACAAUCUGGUGUCUUAACAAAGGCGUUAUUAUGCCCAUCAUCUGUCAGUUGGUCGAAAAUAGAACGCCGUCCUGUCCAGUCGCAUCCAGGCUGAUGGAUCUUUGUCUUGGGGUACAACGCUGUGUCACGUGACCAA